UUGGAGAGAGUACAGAAAACAGCAGCAGCUAUUAAAGGGGGAGAGGGAAUUGGCCUAUCAUGGAAGAUUAAAAGAAGUAAAGCUGCAGAUGCAGGAUGGCAUCAGCACAGCUACCACCUUCAACAUCAGUUUGCUGGAGGGAAAUGCUUGCAGCGUGUGUUCUCUCAUCUGUAUUCCCGAGGAUUGAUCUAAAAGGAAAGUGAGGAGACAAGAAAGGGAGACAUAAGACAUUGGCCUGCUGCUGUCUGACUGGCAGAUUCCAGUUAACACCUUAUCAGCAGAGCAGCAGGCAACAGCAAAUCCUGCCCGCUGAAGCUACAUAGCGAAGAAAUAGGGGAGGGUGUUCUGUAACCAGGGACAACAACAGCAACACUCCACAGAGCUACCGGGAGGAUACAGAGAGACACGCGCAGAUCCUGCACAAUAACCUUCCUUUCCAAGCAAGAGGAGGAAAAUCAAAUCAACCUGCAGUGCUUAAUUUUUUAUUAAGAGAAACCAUGACUCAAAUGUGAGCACAGCUCGAAUCACUGCGAACCCCCACCCCCAAAACCCUCUUCUGAAGUGGAAUGUCGCAAUUGUGUUUAUUAUUGUUAUUCUUCAAUUGAAGAGUGGGGUAAAAUCCUCCCGGACUGAAAUCCUAUCUCCCAGCAAGGUGAGAGCACCACUAAAAGAAAAGCAUUUCUCCCCUCUGCCGCUUACUCUAUUGCAGCUGCUGCUUUUUUGGUUUUUAAAGAAACAUUGUUCUAGGAAGGAGAGGAGAUUGGAAGAAGAACCCAAGGUGGUUUUGAUAUUUUUUUUUUUUUUGCCAAGACACGACUUCUGAUGACCCCUCAGUGAAAGAGGGGGAGUUACCAGGCAAUAUAGAGAUUUACUGGUCUGGAGGAAGAGCUGCUGGGCUGUAAUGGGGAAAUCCAACAGCAAGCUGAAGCCUGAAGUUGUGGAAGAGCUGACCAGGAAGACGUACUUUACAGAGAAGGAAGUGCAGCAAUGGUACAAGGGCUUCAUCAAGGACUGCCCCAGCGGACAGCUGGACGCUGCAGGCUUUCAGAAGAUCUAUAAGCAGUUCUUUCCCUUCGGCGAUCCAACGAAAUUUGCAACCUUUGUUUUUAACGUCUUUGAUGAAAACAAAGAUGGGAGGAUCGAGUUUUCGGAGUUCAUCCAGGCGCUUUCGGUCACUUCCCGAGGGACCCUGGAUGAGAAACUGCGGUGGGCGUUUAAACUGUACGACUUGGACAACGACGGGUACAUCACGAGGAACGAGAUGCUGGACAUCGUAGAUGCUAUUUAUCAGAUGGUGGGAAACACGGUAGAGCUUCCGGAAGAGGAAAACACACCCGAGAAGAGAGUGGAUCGGAUUUUUGCCAUGAUGGACAAGAAUGCGGACGGGAAGCUAACGCUGCAGGAGUUCCAGGAAGGCUCCAAAGCCGACCCCUCCAUCGUACAGGCACUAUCCCUCUAUGACGGACUUGUAUAGUCCCAGGAUCCCAUGCUGAGUUGCCUGGGGGAAGAUUCUUUCUGUGCCAUCAGACCACCUCAGUAAAGAAGCUUGCCAGUCCCUCUCCAGCCUUCCUUUACGUUACAUGCGAACAAGGGAGGCGCUUGAAGUGUGAGGUCAUCCCCCGCGCCCACUCCGCACUCUACAUCAACCGUUUCCAUUUGCCAACGUCCACUUUUUCAAAAUUAAAAAGGGAAAAAAAGAAGAAAAAAGAAAGGAAAAAAUAAAAAUAGGAAAAAAGCAGUGAAUUUUUGAGCAUCUGGGGGUGCAAGGGAUCAUGUGUUGCUGUGUGGAAACCCCCCUAUCUCUUGCUUUUACUUAGUAGAUUUUUUUUUGACUGGACUAAAAACCGACAAAUAUUUUACAUUGUUUUCAUAGAAAACCGCAGCAUGAAGAAGGCGUCAAAAGAUACUGCUGAGGUCUUGGAGUGGGCAGCUGCUGCGCGCCAUCCGAGUGCUUGAUCGCCAUCAGCUUCUGCUUUAUUGGGGGAUGAGGGGGGGAUGAUAAAAGGCAAUUGGAAAUGGAAGUUCCACAUCCCCUGCGUUUUCAGCCUGGCCUGGCCUGCAUCGCUAGGGAGAUAUGUAUAUUUUUUGUGAGACAGUAUUGUGCUUUUUUUUUUUUUUUUUUUUAAUGGAAAAAGUGAGGCUUUUGUUACUAUGCCUAUCUAUAUGUUACCGAAAUCUUUAUUUAUUUGUUGUAAAUGUUGCUGCUGUGUUUAGUCUUUCAUGUGUUGAAACACCUAGUUGAUACAAGUUGCAAGGUUUACACACCAUGGCAGGGGGAGGUAGCCUGCGAUAGCAAUUAAGCCAAAAAUACUCUCCCCCUUCCCCCACCCAUAUACUGUGCUUUGUCAGCUGGUUGAUGUUUUACAGGGGAUAAUCUAACCCCUUUCUCCUUUGUUCCCAUCCCUCUAGUCUCUGCACCCUCCCUUUUCUCCUCCUCUUUAGAAGUUCCACUAGUACCCCUGACAAAUCCCUGGGCUGUCCUUCUCUCAAUUUGUUGUAUUUAUGUUGCCCUUAUGCAUUCAUUUUGCCAUCUUGCCUUUGUGUAAAGCAGACUGAUGAAAUAUACAGUAUCCAGAAAUGUUUCUGCAUGAAAAGUAUUAAUGGGGCCAAUAUUGUUUAAGCUUUAAAAUGACCCUUCUUUUUGGAAAACCCCGGAACUGUCAUGUAUCUAUCUUGUGGAUGGAGAGUAAGAAAAAAAACUGAAUUAACUCCUUACUAAGCCUCCAGGAGGUGGGCAUCCCUGUGGGCUGAGAACAGAGAUGGUUGGGUUGAUUGUACGGGUACCUGCCUUUAAUGUUUCUGAAAAGAACCAGCAGGUCAGCGGAGCUUAGAAGACUUGUCUAAGCAAACUCAUUGCUGUUUAAGGCAGAACCAAAUCCUUGAACUGUCCAGAGCUACACAGUGCUGCUCAGUGUCAUGGAGAGGGAGGAAAAGAAUGACAAUAGUCUCUCAGCAUUUUGCCAUGUUUGCUCUUGUUGGGUAGUUUUACAGUGCUCUUGAGUUUUGAUCUUUGGGCUAUGCACUGAGAGAGAGGCCUUGUUCAGUGGGUCACAUCCAUUCCUAUGAUGCCCCGUCUGGGUCACAAAGAUGGAUGUGAUCUUUGAUAAACAGGGAAACAAUCAACAAAACAACACAAAUCCAGCCUCUUCCUCCACCCCAUUUCUGCUUGUUCUGUCUCCACCUUUGGCAAAAUGGAAUAGCGGAAUAGAAGCACAGUAGCAAAUACACCCAGACUAGCGCAGUGACUGGCCACGGUUCUUUUAGAUAAUGGGCUGGAAUGGAAAGCUUCCUACAGCUUUCACCAGCAAGGUUUGUGUGGUGUCUGUAUACAGAGCAGUUGUCAAGUGCACCAUAAACACUGGAGACCUUCGCUUUUCCACCAACGUUCCUAAGCAUGCAGCCAGAUGUUGGUGCAUUUUCCUGUUGCGCUAGCUAGCCGCAGUGUUUCUAAGGUGCCUAUCACCUUAGAAUCCAAACUCCAAGCAUCGUUCUUCUUCAGACUGUGUGUAACAAAACAACCGCAGAGUAAUGGAUGGAGGGGCAAGAGGAGGAAAGAAAGAUUCGGAUGCUAAGAGUGGCCAAUAUUAGCCAAUCAAUGUUGGGCAAUCUUUGCUAGUGGAGGAGCACGAGUGAGCAAACUCAAGGUUGCCUUUCUGGCCAUCUUCUCUUCCCAUAAUUGGGAAGGACAGAUUUACUGGCCUCAUCAUAGGCGUACUUCUCUAGUUAGGAAAUUAUGUGCUUAAAAAGGGUCUAAGGCCUGUUAUCUUUCGGGAUGUUCUUAACUAGAGCUACUUAUAUUCUUCCUGGUCCAGCAGUGAAGAGCUAUGUGUUUUAACGUGCUCUUGGCUUCUCCCAUGCAGUACUUGAAACCUCUAAGGGGAAACCUGUGCAAAGCAUCUUUCAGAGCCGAAAUCACUUUUGAGAUCAUCUAGACACCAAAGCUACAGAAAUUUGAAAUGUGAACUCAUGCUCCCAAAACACCUAACUUCAGUCACUGAAACUAAAGAAAUGUCCAUCAGCUGUCACCUGUAUUAAGGCUUCUCUUGUGCAUAGGCUGCAGUUGGGGCACACACAGUAGGGGAAGGUCUGGUUCUGUCCAACAGAGGGCAGCGUGACCCAUUUGCUCUGGACUGUACAUAACCCUGGUCUCUGUCCAGUGCUUUGCAUCCUGUAUUCAGUCCUCCAUGUGCGCAGAUGUUUUAGGAUGGCAGCGGCCCCUCAAUCUCUGCUUGCUAUUGUAGGUUAUGGUGAUACACUGGUGGUAGAAGCACAAGAGAUUUUGUCCUAUCACAAAGGAAGUUCUCUAAACCCUUUUCCAGAAGAAAGAAGUGUCAGCUCGAACUGCAACUUUCCAGAGUGCAGCCUGAUUUCUUUGGCGUGAAAUGAAGGGAGUGCGAUUCCUGUAUGCUCGUCAGUGCGCUCUGGUUAUAAUGAUGUCCUUCAUUCUUAACAGCAAGGUCACCCAUGAUUUCCAGAGCAAUAUUUUCAGAUGUUGGGUCCCUAAUGCAGCUGGUAUAAAUCACUCCACUCAUUUCCUUAGAGCAGCUCUAAUUGACAGGAUCCUCUAAUUGAGGAUUGGUCCCUGCUGUGUGGGCAGCAUUGAGUGGAAAGCUCCUGCCCCACAGAACACCAAGCCUGAAGGCGUGGGCUGUGAUCAGUACAUCGGAGCUGUCUGCAGUGGCAUCAGCCAGACCAAGGUCCAACCAGCAAAUCAAGGAUUUUAAACAGUAGUGGGAGAGGAGGAAUUAACUCCAGAUGAACUGUACAUGUCACUUUCAGCUCUGAGGCUGAAGAAGGUAGCCACCCAAAUCCUAUUAGCACCUAAUCCUAAAUCCUAGUUCUAGUGCAGACUGGCCAUAUCCCCCACCCCUGUCCCAGCACUAGUAACCUCUCUUGUCUGGCUAAGUUGUAUUUGUAUCAAUAACACAGAGCCUCUAAACCAUCUUGUCUAUGUCAUUCUUAAAGGCAAUGGCCUCCCACACAUGACUCUCACUGAUACUGCAAAAGCACAGUGUUGGAAGUAGCACGAUCUCUUUCAUUGCUUGGCAAGCCAGGCUGCUAGGGCUUGAUUUGCUUGCACAUCAGUCCAAGCAGAACUGAAGGCUUUGUAAAGACUGGUCAAUAUGCUUUUAUGCUGCUUAACAGAUCUAGUUCUAGAUCUAGCUUUCGGGCUUUGGGAUGACUUGUGCAUUAGCAGAUCAAGAGAGAGAGACUGCGGGGGAGGGAGGAGAAAAACAAAACUGCACAUUUUUGUUCCCCUAAAUGACACUAGUCCUGCAGUGAGGUUGGAAACAGUCCACUGAUGGGUUGUGAAUCCCC